AAAGCUGCAGCUGAAUCCAAAUCGCCUUCUCUGAACUCAAUCUCCUCCGUAUUCAACAUCGCCGUUUCAGCAGAAGUAACAAAAACAACACCAUGUCGAAGAGGAGGACUAGGGAGCCAAAGGAAGAGACUGUUACUCUUGGUCCUUCUGUGAGAGAGGGAGAGCUUGUUUUUGGUGUCGCUCACAUUUUUGCAUCAUUCAAUGACACUUUCAUUCACGUGACUGAUUUGUCUGGACGGGAAACAAUGGUUCGUAUUACUGGUGGAAUGAAGGUCAAAGCUGAUAGGGAUGAAUCUUCCCCAUAUGCUGCUAUGCUUGCCGCACAAGAUGUUUCUCAGAGAUGCAAGGAGCUUGGCAUCAAUGCACUUCACAUCAAGCUUCGAGCCACUGGUGGAAACAAGACCAAAACACCUGGACCUGGUGCUCAGUCUGCUCUCAGGGCUCUUGCUCGUUCAGGAAUGAAAAUUGGUCGUAUAGAGGACGUGACUCCAAUUCCUACUGAUAGCACUCGCAGAAAGGGUGGUAGGAGAGGACGAAGGCUGUAAGGCUUGUUGAGAAUGCUGCAGGUGUUAUUUUUGAUAUGGACUUGAAUCUUAUUCACCUCUACUAUGUAGUUCUACUGAUGUUGGCUUUGCCUAUAAAUUUUGCUUCUUUUUUCGUGGUUAAAUUUGUGAAACAAUUAUGAGAAAUAUGAAUUUUAGCCUACUAUCAUUCUGUUAGCUGGUUGAGAAUAUUCCAUGGUUUUUUGCGUCUCGUUGGUAUGCUGAUUGC